AUGACAUGGUGAUGACGCUGUGAUAACUGGAUAUUAAGAGAACAUUCAUCUCUAAAUAGUUUAAAAGUCUAAAUACAUUACAACCUUUUCACAGUAUCUACAAAGAGCACUUCAUUACAACAAAACACCUUGACUGAUUCAAUUACAAGAAUGAAGGCACAUCUAUGGAUCUGUUGUCUAAGUCUAAUGAUCUACCUUACACAAGGCCAGACAUGUUCUUCUUGUUUCCCUGAUCAAGUAUGUGUUAAUUCCAGCUGUGUAUGUGACCCAGCAAUCUACACCAAUCCAGAUCUAGUUACUUUACUGGAAACACAGAGGAUUUCAUGUGCUGAACAGCAGUUCAACAUAACAAUAAGUGGAUGCACAGGAAGAAUGUUAAUUAUAGAAGGCAGUCAUCUGCCAAACAGCACGUGUGUGACAGCAAAUUCUUUGUCAAGCAGACCUGGAGAAACAGUGUUUACAUUUACAUUGCCACCACUUAACCCUCUCUGCAAUGCUUGGAUAUCGGUAAACAACACACAUGUCACAUAUACCACAUCAGUUCUAUUUCAAGUAAAACCCAUAAAUGGAAUCAUUAUUUACAAUGAUGUAAAUGUGUAUUACAACUGUUCCUAUCCUCUGAACAUGAAAACAAGCCUUGAUUUAGCCAUAAACCCAGUUUUAAGCACUUCUAAUAUAACAAUCACAGGUGUUGGACAAUAUACAGUUAAGAUGGCCUUGUUUAAAACCGCAGAUUAUACUUCACCAUAUCUAGAAAGUGACUCACCAAUCCAUUUGAAGGUUGAGGAUUUCAUGUAUAUUGGAGCAUUCGUUACUGGCAUUAGUGAAAAGUUUGCUUUGAAACUUGAUGCCUGCUAUGGAACACAAACAAACAAUAGCAAAGAUUCUAUUAAAUAUUAUUUUAUCCAAAACAGCUGUCCAGUUUCUGGAGGAGUUUAUGUGUCCAUUAUAGAAAAUGGAAACUCCUCACAGGCUCGCAUAGCAGUAAAGGUCUUCAAGUAUGCCGGAAGUAAUGAAGUCUUCCUGACAUGCAGUGCAUCUCUGUGUGUUAAGCCAUGUGUUCUUACAUGCCCAUCUGGAAGAGCAGAGUUAUCAGAUGAAAGUCAGACUGCAGUUCUAACACCAAAUAUUCAAAUCUUGCAAGAGAAGAGCUCAGAUUAUCCAGAAAGUGCUGCUGGAAGUUUCCAUGCUGUUUCUUCAUGGAUUUCCCAAGUGUAUACUCUUCUCACACUGCUGCUGUUGAAAUAUAUGUAAUUCUGGAAUCCUGAUGACUGAAGGCAUCUCUUCAUCGAUAUUUGCAAAAGAUCAAUCGCUGCCUUCUCUGCUGUAAACACUGGACUAUAAAAAAUUCACAUGUGCAAUAUAACAAUAAUGAAGGAAAUACUAAUUAUCCUGUAUCUGGAAUUGGAAUAAUGAAGGAAUAAGAAGAUUGCUACAGCAAGUGACAAAAUGUAUUUGUUUUCAAAAUAUAUAAAUAUGCACUGGCUUCAAUUGCAUUUAGUUUAUUUAUGUACAGUACAACCAUGCAGACUCUGCAUUCUAAAAUAGUACAGCUUUGAUUUGCCAUACUUCACUAUAAUCUCUAAAUGCAACACAAAUGUAAAACUCAUAUUUCUAAAUGUAAUAGUUUAAUAACAUAUAUGCUAAAAGCAAUAGUGAAAAAAAAUCUUAGAUUCAACAAUAGUAAAACUUAUAUUGUCAAUAUGGCCAGUGAAAGAAGUUAGCUUUAAAAUAAACAUCACAGGCACAUUUGCACCUUAGUUGAAAAAUGUAUUUCUUGAUUUGGAUUUGCUUCUUAUUUGUAUUAUCAAGUACAUCUCCCCUUACAUCUGUCAUGCUUUGAACUUUAUGGGGGCAUUUGAAAAUUAAUAAAGCAACAGUUACCAAUAUGCCACUGUUCAGUGCACUUACCUCACAUAAUUUAUCCACUGACAAGAGCAGGGCAAGUGAUAUUAUUAUCUUUCAACGAAGUGAAAGUAACAGAUGAUUGGGUAGGGAAAGUCGAGUCAAAAGUUGUUAUAACAUAACAUAUUAUUAAUUGUAGCCCUCUGUAUAAUUGUCUGUAUGUAUAUCGAAUCUUAAUGAUUUGAAACAAAAAGGGGAUAUUUUUAUCUGAAUGAUUAUGCUCUUACAGAUACAUUUAAAUUAGUAACGAUGCAGUUCAUUUGCUUUAAUUUAAUAUAUGUUUAUUUUGCACUACAUCAAUGCCACCUCAUUUUGAAUUGGAAUAGGGUACAUUUUAGAAACAAUUACUCAUAUUAUAUUAAAUAAGUGCUGUACUGUGCUUCUGACAAUCUUCUAAUUAGAAAGGAUUAACAAGGAUAGGGAAGUCAGUUGUUUUAUUGAUGUACAGUAAAAGGAAACCAAACCACAAUGAGCUAUGUCUGUGUUGAAGGUAAAGGUGUGGAAGAUACGCCAGUGCAAAAUAUUUUUCUUUUAAUCUUCACUGGGCAUAAUCUAUGUUUAAAUAACCACUCAUGCAAGUAUAUUAAGUUCAGCAUUGUAUUCUGUCAUCAUCAAUGAAUGAAUUUUAAGUUCUGCUGCACGUUUGUUAGCUCAUCAGUGAAUGCCAAAAGUAUGUAGUGCUAAACAUAAAUCCUAUGUGAUCUAUUGCUGUGGUUCAUCUUUUCAAAACUGCGGGUAGCAUGACACCACAAUUAUAUUAAAUAUACAUCAAGUAUGUUGUAAACUAACCAUGUCAUGUAAGUUCAGCAUACCAAAUAAAGCAAGCAUAAAUUUCAACUUUAA